ACACGCUAUAUACUCUGCACGCAACUGCCCAAGCAGCAGAGCCUUCUCUUCCUUUCUUCCCGUACAAAACUCCUGAGCUUUCGAAGCAGAGCAAGCCAGGAGAAGCAACCGCGCCAAGCAGCCGAGAGCGCGGCCGAUCAAGAGUUGGCGGGCGCGCAGAUGAUGGCGGCGGUGUGGCGGUGGCUCCCGGUGCCUGCGUGGCUGGGCUCCUACGCGCUGUGGUUCGUCUUCCUGAACGCGGUCGUCGCCGUCGCCGCCGUCCUGUCCCGGUCCCGCUCCUCGCUGGCCUCGCCCCGCCGCGGCGCCGGGAUCACGCGCAGGGCCUCCUCGGCGGUGCUGCAGCGCCUCCGCUCCUUCUCCAUCUUCUCCUUCCCCUCCGCCAGCUUCACCACCGCGCCGUUCCUGCACCCUGACGCCGCCGCCGCCCAAGAAUCGGAGGACCCGUCGACGGCCCGGACCAUGAUCGCGCGGCAAUCGCCGCGCGCGCCGUCGCCCAAGGCAGAGCUCGUGCAGGUGGCGGAGGAGGGCGCAGGCGAGGACCCGAACGGGAUGAGCAUGGACGAGGCCUACGCGCUCGCGCUGGCGGCGCGCCGGCGGCCGGAGCGGGAGAGGGAGGAGGAGGCGAGUAGGUCGGAGGUGGACGCCAAGGCGGAGGAGUUCAUCCGCGGGUUCAAGGAGGACCUGCGGCAGCAGCGCCUCAACUCCAUCUACAACUACACCCAGAUGCUAAAGCGGCGCGCUUUCGGCGGCGGCGGCGGCGGCGGUCGGCAGCCGGACGCCCGGCCAGAUCAGCUUUGAUUCCCCUCACGUGCUCAAUUCGUUCACAAGUUGGUCAUCGUUUUUCAAGGAGACCAAUUCUGUUUUGAGUUGUCGUUCUGUACAUAGUUCUUCAAGAACCCCGGUAUAGUUUGGACAGAUAGUUUGGUCAGUUUGCUUGUAUAGUUUGGACAGGUUGCUUUAUUUGCAUGUUUUGUUUAAUUUUCGUUCGGCGCAUUGGCGUCUAAGCUAAUGUUUUGUUGUAAUCACAUUUCAUUUGUUCUUUGAAAGGGGUAAUGAAAUAAUAUAUGUGUGUGUAAAU